AGUGCCCCCUCCAUCAACCUGACCAGCUGCAAGUACGAGAGCGUGCGGCGGGCGGCGCGGCGCUGCGGGCUGAGGGAGGCGGGAGCGGACGAGGAGUGGACGGUGUAUUGGACGGACUCCUCGGUGUCCCUGGAGCGCCUCAUGGACAUGAAGAGGUUCCAGAAAAUCAACCAUUUUCCCGGCAUGAUUGAGAUCUGCCGUAAGGACUUGUUGGCCCGCAACCUCAACCGCAUGCUCCGGCUCUUCCCCAAGGACUACAACAUAUUUCCCCGCACUUGGUGCCUGCCUGCAGACUAUGGAGAUUUCCAGGCCUACCGGCGCACCAGGAGAUCCAGAACAUUCAUCUGCAAACCAGACAGUGGCUGCCAGGGGAAGGGGAUCUUCAUCACGCGGAACGCAGAGGAGAUCCGGCACGGGGAGCACAUGAUCUGCCAGCAGUACAUCUCCAAGCCUUUCCUCAUCGAUGGCUUUAAGUUUGACAUGCGUAUCUAUGUGCUGGUCACGUCCUGUGACCCGCUGAGGAUUUUUGUCUACAAGGAGGGCCUGGCCCGCUUUGCCACCAUGAGGUACAUCGAUCCCAGCAGCAGAAACCUGGGUGACAUCUGCAUGCACUUGACCAAUUAUGCCAUCAACAAACACAACAAAAACUUCGUCCAGGAUGACAAGAUGGGCAGUAAGAGGAAACUGUCCACCCUGAAUGCCUGGAUGGUAGAUCACAGCUACAACACAACAAAACUCUGGGAAGAUAUUGAAGAUAUUAUUAUAAAGACUCUAAUUUCAGCUCACCCUGUGGUGAAGCACAAUUACCAAAGCUGCUUCCCCAGCCACACUGGGUGCUGCGCCUGCUUUGAGAUUCUGGGCUUUGAUAUUUUGCUGGACAGAAAGCUGAAGCCAUGGCUGCUGGAGGUGAACCACUCUCCCAGCUUCACCACGGACUCUCGCCUAGACCAGGAGGUGAAGGACGCCCUCUUGUGUGACACCAUCAACCUGAUCAACGUGCAUGGCUGUGACAAGCGGAAAGUGCUGGAGGAGGACAGACAGCGGGCAAAGGAGCGGCUCCUGCAGGGCCACCAGGCUCUCCGUGCUGCCAGGCGUGAGGAGCUGGGGGGCAGCCAGCCCCCCUGGCUCUCCCAGGCCGAAAGCUACGAGGACACGCACCUGGGCGGCUUCCGCCGCAUCUACCCGGCAGGGGGCACCGAGCGGUACGAGCCGUUCUUCAAGCAGAGCAGGUCCCUCUUCAGGGACACGGCGACAUCCAGGGCUCGGGAGGAGUGUGCCAGGCAGCAACUGGAGGAAAUUCGCCUGAAAAAAGAAAAGUGGGAUGCUAUUACCAGGAGGAACAAAACGGUGAGGAAAGAAGAUCUGCAUGGAGAGGCAGCUGGAAGCAAAUCCCAGAUCUGCAAUAAAGCCACAGCUCCUCCACGCCGCUUCACCUACGGAAGCACCAGGCUGUGGGAUAGAAAGCCACAGCCCGCGCAGUACGACUCCCUGCAGCCUCGGGAUAUCGUGGAGGAGGAGGAGAGGAGGAGAGUGAAAGCUCUUGUGCGGCGCGAGAACCUGAUCCGAGGCCUGGGCAUCAUUGAUCAGCUCUCCCGGCUGCUCCCCAUGGCCAACAGACCAUCCAGCACCUGGAACACUGGCAUCUCCAAGAUCCAGCCGCAGUUCCUCUGGGAUGCACUUGAGGGCCAGGACACCCGCAGCUUCAUGAUGCUCAUCCCGCUCUCGCUCCAGAGCUCUCCGGCCCAGCCCUUGGGACGGCGGUUCCGGCACAACCCCCGAGCCCGCUCCGAGCUGCCGGCCGGCCCGGGCGCGCCCCCGGCCACCAGCGGCGUCCUGUCCGUCCGAGGCCGGAGCAUCCCGCCCCGCGAGCAGCGCAGGGCGCGGCGCGGGCUGUGGGCGCAGGACACGGUCUGCCUGUGCUCUUCCAAGUGA